GCCAGCUUGCACCAUGUGAUUAUGUCACAGUGUUUACUUUUCCUGUUUUCCUGUUUUACUAUGUUCUUCUGGCGAAUCUCGAAUUUAGAACACUACAUGUGGAUUCAUUAGAAGCAUUAUUAGACUCUAAUUAUGGUGCUAGAUUUUAGUUGAUAAUCUUGUAUAAUGGAUUGGAGAAAUGAUGAUCAAGCUGAGUGGCAGGCUGGAGAGAAGUGCCUAGCACCUUAUUCUGAGAAUGAUGAGCUUUGUGAAGCAGUCGUGAAAUACAUUGAACAGAGUGAGACUGGUGUGUUUUAUGCAGUUGUUUCAUUUUCGGAUCUAAAAGAAAAGAAAAUAUCACUGUCACAGCUCUGUAAAGUCACUGACUGUGUUAUCCCUUGGAACACAUCUAUGUUUGAUGAUGAAGACCUGGAGAAACCCUUUUUUCCAGACAGGAGACCACUGGGACCAUCGGCUGAUUUUCCAUUAUCAGAUACUGGUGUUUCUAUCCCUUACACCAUUAAUAGAUAUUUACGUGACUAUCAAAGAGUUGGGGUCCAGUUCCUGUAUCAGCACUUUAUUCAGUCAUCAGGCUGUAUCCUUGGAGAUGACAUGGGACUUGGAAAGACAAUACAGGUUAUAUCAUUCCUAGCUGCUGUUUUACAUAAAAAGGGGACACGAGAGGAUAUUGAAAACAAUAUGCCUGAAUUUCUACUGAGAAAAAUGAAGAAAGAGCGCUCAUCAAUAGCUCCCAAAAAGAUGUUUCUGAUUGUGUCACCUCUCUCUGUUCUAUUCAACUGGAGGGAUGAGUUACAGGUGUGGGGAUAUUUUAAAGUUACCAUCAUACACGGAAGCAAAAAGGAUUUUGAACUUUCCCGAUUAAAACAGGGAAAAUAUGAAAUUGCUCUCACUACCUAUGAGACCCUUCGCUUGUGUCUAGAUGAACUUAACAGCAUAGACUGGUCAGCUGUGAUUGUAGAUGAAGUACAUAGAGUCAAAAAUCCAAAAACUAGAGUAACACAGGUUAUGAAGGAUUUACGAUGCCAAGUUCGUAUUGGACUUACAGGAACUAUACUGCAAAAUAAUAUGGAGGAGCUGUGGUGUGUUAUGGACUGGGCUGUACCAAGAUGUUUAGGAAGCAAAAAUAAAUUCAAAGAAGAAUAUUCAAAUCCAGUUGAAUAUGGGCAACGGCACAAUGCAACUAAGCGAGAGUUGGCUACAGGACGAAAAAUCAUGCAAAAGCUGGCAAGGAAUAUGUCUCAGUUCUUCCUUCGACGUACCAAGGCACUUAUAAGUAGCCAGUUACCGAAAAAGGAAGAUAGGAUUGUCUACUGUUCACUGUCAGAGUUCCAGAAAGCUGUUUACCAAACAGUGUUAGAAACUGAAGAUGUCAACAUGGUUCUUCAAAGUAGUGACCCUUGCAGUUGUAAUAGUGGGAAAAAACGAAGAAAAUGCUGCUACAGAGUAAAUAAACAUGGUGAAAAAGUGAAGGACCUGUAUUUCAGUUACCUAGCUAUCCUGCGGAAAGUAGCAAAUCAUGCUGCCCUUCUACAGUCCAACACCAGCACCAGCAAAAAGCAGAAAGCUCACAUCAAUCGUGUUUGCAGUGAAGUAUUUUCAAAGUUUCCAGAAUUUGUCCAGCAGAGCAAGGAUGCUGCAUUUGAAACUAUUUCUGAUCCAAAAUAUAGCGGAAAAAUGAAGGUCCUUCAACAGCUUCUAAAUCAUUGCAGAAAAAACAAGGAUAAGGUUCUUCUUUUCUCCUUCUCUACAAAGUUGCUGGAUGUUUUAGAGAGAUACUGUAUGGCAUCUGGGCUGGAUUAUCGAAGACUUGAUGGAGCCACUAAAGCAGAAGAAAGAGUUAAAAUUGUAAAGGAAUUUAACAGAUUACAAGAUGUAAACAUCUGCCUUGUUUCUACAAUGGCUGGUGGACUAGGGCUCAAUUUUGUUGGUGCUAAUGUUGUAGUUGUCUUUGAUCCUACGUGGAAUCCUGCUAAUGAUCUUCAAGCCAUUGACAGAGCCUACAGAAUAGGACAGUGCAGAGAUGUGAAAGUUUUUCGGCUAAUAUCUUUGGGCACUGUGGAAGAAAUGAUCUAUUUAAGACAACUUUACAAACAGCAACUUCACUGUGCGGUUGUUGGAGAUGAGAAUGCCAAGCGCUACUUUGAAGCUGUGCAAGGGUCAAAAGAGCAUAAAGGAGAAUUAUUUGGUAUCAAAAACCUGUUCAAACUGAGAACACAGGGAACCUGCUUGACCAGAGAGAUCUUAGAGCGGGAAGGUCAUGUGGAAGCUGGAGCUGUAAGUUCUGCCAUGUGUAUUGAUCAAAGGAGUUUAGCAAAUAAUACAGAAUUGGCUGCUGAUACUGACAAUGAUGAGAGCUCAGCUGAUGUAAAACAGAAACAAAAAUUUCCAAAAGAAACCUUUGAUUUUAGCAGUGAUAGUGAUGGAGAUGGAAACGGGAGCUCAAGGCUACUAUCCAACAAAUCUAAUGCAACUACAGACUCUCGAAAGCAACUGACAUUACAACAUUGUGGAUUUUCUAAAUUGCUGGAGAGGGAGCCUUCAGCUCAUAUCUCUAAAGAAGUGUUUAAAGAAGAAGUGAGUCAUGAUAAGGUUAAGAAGGCUCCACGACCAGUUAAUGAAAAGCAAAAAUUGGUUAUUUUAGAUUGGAACAUUUCAACUGACUCAGAAGAGGAAUCUGUCAAUAUGAGAAACUGUAAAUAUCCAACAUCAAAAGACAUUUCUAUUAUGGAGACAGAAAUCAGCUCAGAGGAUGGUGAAAACAUUGUAUAUUCAACGCAAAUACUAGACAGAUCUGCAGAGAGUUCAAGGCACAAGACAGAAUCAAAUCAUUCUGAAGAGUCAGAAUUGGAUGAUGAUGUACCUGCUAGAAAGAACAGACAAAAACAAUGUAACUCUAGUGACCUUAUUAGUGAUGAAUCAGAUGACAUUGAAAUACCAAAGAAAAAUCUGAGUGUUGAUCAUUUGAAACAAACUAAGGCCCUUGAAAAACAUUUACUUAAUACAAUAAGCGAUAUUGAUAAAAAUUCUCAGACUAUUGAUGCUUUUUCUUCAUCUGAUGAUGACAAUCUUCAAAGAAAAAAUAUUCAAAUUAAUAAGCAAGAUCGGAAAUACACAUCUGUGAAGGGUAGAAUCAAAAUAAGACCACAAUUGCAUAGGCCAAUAAAGAAAAAGUGUUCAGUUGCUGAGAGAAACCUUUUCAGAAAGCAAGAAGAGGAUAUGGAUAAUGAAAGAGGUGUCAAAAAUGGAGAGACUUAUGGUUCUUUGGAUAGAGUUUUAGAUGGAGUUAAGGAAGUUGCUUAUGUUCACUCAAAUCAAAAUGUUGUUGGUUCAAGCAAAGCAGAAAAUGACAUGAGUCGAUGGGCAGUACGUGAUGUUUUUGAAUUAAAUCAAUUCUCCCAGCUACCAGCUAAUAUUAUGGUCAAUAGAGCUAAGACAUUUAAACAUAAAAACCCAACAGAAGAUGCAGCAACAACAAGUUCCAACCUGUUACAGGAUCCUGUAACUCAGAAACAAAAGAAGGUUCAUCACACUAAUGAAAUAACUUAUCUGAUUGGAGAGACUCCAAAAGCAAUGCAAAGGAAGCAUUUUGAAGAAAUGGUUAAGCACUUUAAUAUGGAUUCAACUGAAGAAUUUGCUCGUUAUGUCUUAACUGCAAAGUCAGACGUUCGGCAGGAUAUGCUAAGAGAAUUCUAUAGCAGCCAGUAUUCCGAUGUUAAAGAUCUAUAUCCAGUGACUGUUCCAGUUCUAUUGCCAGUAAAGCAUGAAAGAGAAACAGCACUUAAAAAAGCAAAACACACGUCACCGGUGAAAAAAAGAAGAAAUAGAUAUUCUGAAAAAACAGAACAUAAAAAAUACUUAAACAUUAUACAGUCCCCAGAAACUGAUAGUAAUUAUUGUUGUAUAAAUAACAAUGUGAACAAGUGUGCAAAUUUAGCCAAGCAAGAGAAUGUCACUAAAAAUCAUCAAGAUCUUGUGAAAAGUAGUGUGAUAAAUACUGAAGAAUAUAAAGCUGUUAAUAUACAAAAACAAACAAUGGAACACCGGUUAUUUAAAGAGGAAAUCUCUACAACUAAAAAGCUGGCUAAAGAGACAGACUGUGUUACAGACUUGCUUGGAGAUACAUCUAUUCUUGAUGACCUGUUUAGUAGUCAGACGAAUCGUCAUAUAGAACAACCAGCGAGGCAUCAAUGUGAAGUACCAGUAACCAAGGUGAAACAUCGUUCUAAAGAUUUUUGGGAUAUUCUCAAUGAACAAAAUGAUGAUAGUCUCAGCCGGCUCACUGACUUGUCUGUAAUAGAAAAAGUGUGUGAAAGUACAGUAUUAUCAUCAUCAUCAUCAUCAUCAUCAUCAAAGGAGAAAGCCAAUUGGGAUAAUACGCUUUGGAUGAAGAAUGACAAAUUUUUAUGGCGAAAACAUUACCAAAAUCACGAUUAAAUGUAUACUGUACCAGUCAAAUCACCUGAUGUAUAAAUAUUCACUCUCAAAAUUAAUGACAAAUUACAGUUCUUUACAGUAUCAGACAUUUGUUGAUUAUGUUUUGAUAAGUGAACAGGUAUGUUAAAAAAAAUAAGAUCUUGAAUUCUACACUCUAGUAUUUUCACACUAACAAAUUCUUAAAAGACCAUUUUGGCAUCAAAUUAAUGGCAACCUUUACACAAUGAGCAGCUCCAAGAUCAGGGAAUAUAAAAAAACAAAAUUCUACCAUUUAGGAAUCAUAGUACAAAUUACAAUUUUUAGGUAUGAAAAUGGCAAAAGAAAGAUAUUGCUUAGAGAUCCCACACAAAAAAAUCAUAAUAUAUAAUUAAGUACUUAUGAAAUGUUGAGUUUUUUUUCUAAAUGGAUAGAUCCAUUAAUCUCUACUUUAUAUAAACAUUGUAUAAUAUUUGACUCUGGCAACAUAUAGGAAUGGUGAAAUCCAAAAUGCUGGCGGUAAAUUAUCCAAUUUGAUUGCCAUUAACCUGUGCUUUAAAUAGAGAUGGUAAUAAUCUGCUCACAAUUUAAAUUUGAAUUGAUAUGGAAACUCCCUCCACUAAUAAUUCAGCUGUAUCUCCAAAUACUAACCAAGUAAUGUCUUAGAAGCUGUUGGCAUUGCAUAUAUGCCUGUUUACAGUUCUGCUAACAGCAGCAGUAAUUAGCAUGAUCUUUACGGCUGAGUUACUGCCGUUUUUUUGCUAGCCAUAAUAUAUACUUCAUUUAUACCUCUCUAAUACUUGUGGCUGUGUAUUUAAUGUUCCUGCUGAAUAUUAUCUUUGUUAAAAUAAGGACCAUUCAUUCUCUGUAGAAUUAUAUAUAAACCAUUGGUUUGCAUUCUACUUCAAAAUUCCUUUUAUAUAUGUUUUUUUAAUUUAUUUUACUAUAUUGCGACCAUACUGUAUUAGUUUUCUGGUACUUAAGCUAUUUGAAAUAUGUUUACUAUGAUUUGAUUGAUGAUUUAAAGGGAUAUUCCAGUGCAAAUUGACAUGCUCUAGUUCACUAUAGCAUGUAAUUAUUGUAUUACUGACGUCCUGAAUGAGAGCUGCAAACCUUGUCAGACAGUCAGCAAAGCAGGAACAUCAGUCUCACCACCCGACCAGUUACUGUCUAUGUCCUGCUGAGCAGGAAUUUACAUAUACAUUAAACCCCUGUAGGGGGUUAAACGCAUUGUUAUCUAGGAUUAGUACUGUACAUUUAUAUAAUUUAAUUAGAACAUGUCAUUUUUUCAUUAGAAUAUCCAUUUAAUGUUUUUAAAUGUAUCACAUUGAUACAGUAUGGACAGUUAUUUAUUAUGUAUUUAGUUAAAAUUUUACCUGAUCUUAUGCCCACUGAUAUUAGACUCAUCGUUCAUUAUUUUGCAGUUAGUAAAAUCUAAAUUUAUAUAAGGUUUCUUUACUUGUAAUUAAUGUGUUUUUACUGUUCUUUCAUUUUAAGCUAACUGGAUUUUGUAUAAUAAUAAUAAGGAAUGCUGACAUUGUGCUGACAAAUAUUAUAUAUAUUUGGCACUAUUUGUGUUAGUUGUGUUAACCUUAGUUUUAUUUGUGAAUAGUAUGUUUGUAAAUAAACGUUUUUAUGAAUAAACUUUAAAGUGGG